GCAUUGAAUUACACGAUAUCUGAGCGCAUGAACGGAACCACCUUUUUCGACCACUUCGACUAUUACACCGACGCUGAUCCCAGCAGCGGCUCAGUAGUGUAUCUGUCCGAGGAGUCGGCGACGUGGAGUAAUCUCACAUAUGCUGGAGAGAAGUCAGCAAUCCUCAAAGUCGACAGCACGAGCUCUGGGAUUACGAACAGAAACUCAGUCCGCAUCACGUCGAAAAAUCAGUGGGAUACUGGACUCUUCGUGUUUGAUGUCAUCCAUGCGCCGUAUGGUUGCGCAACAUGGCCUGCAGUAUGGCUCUCGGAUCCGAAUAACUGGCCAGAGCAUGGAGAAAUUGAUGUCAUCGAGGCGGUGGAGCAAGGAAACAAGGGGAACCAGAUGACGUUGCACACCUCGAAAGGCUGCACGAUGAAGACCAAGCGAGAAGAGACCGGCACUGUGUCGGGAACGAACUGCUGGAAUUCGACAAAUGACAAUGAAGGAUGUGGCGUCUUCGGCCCCAAGAGCAGUUACGGAGCAGCUUUGAACGAGGCCGGUGGAGCACUAUUCGCCAUGGAGCUUCGCGACGCUGGUAUUCGUAUGUGGAUGUUCAACCGCACAUCACCACCCUCAGAUCUCUUAUCUUCCAACGACUCAUCUCCCGAUCCUUCAGGCUGGGGCACCCCCGUCGCCGACUUUCCCAGCACCGACUGUGAUAUCUCAUCACACUUCACGAAUCAAUCCAUCAUUGCGAACAUCGAUCUCUGCGGCAGCUGGGCGGGCGCAACAAGUGUCUACUCUACAGAAUAUGGCUGCUCCGGCACUUGCGCCGACCUGGUUUCUGGUAACGGUACGGCUUUUGAGAAUGCGUAUUGGGAGUUUGCAAGUUUCAGAGUGUGGACUUCUUCAUAGGAUGUUUGCAAAGGCACUUUACUACCGACUAAUGAUGUGCAAGAAUCGAGAACAUCAUUCAUCUCUCAAGCAUGACUAGAUCUGGGCCACAGGUUUGCAGGGUUUUGGUCAGUCAGGAUAACAGCAAUAAGACAAGCCUAAACAUGAACUUGCAGCAAAGAAU